GAUGUAUAUGAGCGCACGCGGCGGGAUCUCUUUCCCUUUUAGCGCCAUCAGAGCGGGUGUCUCGCGCUGUUCACUGCGCAGCAGCACCGCCUCAGACAGACCUCUGCACAUCGGGCUCUCGGAAACAAAACGGUGAAACAACAUGGCAGAUCUUGACAAUAAAGACCAGACUGAAAUGGACCCAGCAGAUAUGGAGGAUGUUGAAGAGGUGGAGGAAGAGGAAACUGGGGAAGACAACAGUAAAGCACGUCAGCUGACGAUGCAGAUGAUGCAGAACCCUCAGAUUCUUGCGGCGCUGCAGGAGAGGUUGGAUGGGCUUGUAGGAUCUCCCUCAGGGUACAUGGAGAGCUUACCAAAGGUGGUGAAGAGACGUGUUAAUGCCCUGAAGAACCUGCAGGUAAAAUGUGCCCACAUCGAAGCCAAGUUCUACGAAGAAGUGCACGAACUGGAGCGGAAAUACGCCGCUUUGUAUCAGCCGCUCUUUGACAAGCGGAGUGACAUCGUGAGAGCUGCAUACGAACCCACAGAUGAGGAGUGCGAGUGGAAACCAGAUGAAGAGGAAGAGCUGACAGUAAGUAAGCAGGUACAGGUGAUCCAUACCUGCAUGCUCUUCAAAUACCACCGCGUUUACAUUCUACUGUAUAAGCUGUUCAGUCAUAGCUUGACUCUGUGUUUUGGUCUUUGUCUUCACCAGGAGGAAAUGAAGGAAAAGGCUAAAGUGGAGGAAGAGAAGAAAGACGAGGAGAAGGAAGACCCUAAAGGAAUCCCAGAGUUUUGGCUCACAGUUUUCAAGAACGUCGACCUUCUCAGCGAAAUGUUGCAGGAACAUGAUGAACCAAUCCUUAAGCACUUACAAGACAUUAAAGUCAAGUUCUCAGAUGCAGGCCAGCCAAUGAGUUUCACAUUAGAGUUCCACUUUGAACCCAACGAUUUCUUCACAAACACAGUCCUGACAAAGACCUACAAAAUGAGGUCUGAGCCGGACGAGUCGGAUCCCUUCUCUUUCGACGGGCCGGAGAUCAUGGGCUGCACAGGCUGCACGAUCGACUGGGUUAAGGGCAAGAAUGUCACAUUGAAAACCAUUAAGAAGAAACAGAAACAUAAGGGACGUGGCACAGUGAGGACGGUCACCAAGACGGUCCCCAAUGAUUCCUUCUUCAAUUUCUUCUCACCGCCUGAAGUUCCAGAAAGCGGUGAAUUGGACGAGGACUCUGAGGCUGUGUUAGCAGCAGACUUCGAGAUCGGUCACUUCAUCCGCGAGCGGAUCGUGCCCAGGGCGGUGCUGUACUUCACCGGCGAAGCCAUCGAAGAUGACGACGAUGACUAUGACGAGGAGGGAGAGGAAGCUGAUGAUGAGGAGGGUGAAGAGGAGGCCGACGAGGAGAACGAUCCAGACUAUGAGCCCAAGGUGUAAGUGAUGUCUGUAGUAACCCUGCCCUGAAGGAUGCCAAUCCUCCAGAGGAGUGCAAACAGCAGUGAUGACAGCGCCACCUUCAGGAUCCCAUACACUGUAACGGCUUCAAUCAAACAUAGUUACUUACCGCCUUACAAUGUUUUGUAUUUUUCUUGGUAGAAACAAUUGAAAAAUGAAAUAAAAUGGUUUCGAGAUUUUUGUUACAAAAAAUAAGAAAAAGCCACCACACACAACUCCUCCAUCGGGAGCCGCGGCUCAUGACGCAUCAUAUUUUACUAGACUUCUUUUCGUUUUCCUCUUUCUCUGUAUCUAUAGUUAUAAAACCCUUCGAAGCAUGACACUCGUUCCUUCACCGCUAAACUAGUUGGGUUCUCGUGAAUUCUUUUGUAUUGAUCUUAGACAACAGCUGUGGAAAGAUGUUCCAGGUUUACAGGAGAGAUUCAUUCGGUUAACAUUCCACAAAAACGUCGGCUGUUUUAGGUUGGGAUGCUGUUUAAAGCUCGGUGGAGACUGGUCCAUCAGUCGGCGCUCUGCUGCAUGACUCCUUUCUUUUCAAUGAGCACUUUGUAUUUUCGUCAUGUGUCCGACGCGUUUGUUUUUUCCGUCGAUUCGACCAAUGCUUAACUUUCAGCUGGCUUGCCGUUCUUCAGGAGGGUUCUCUGCUCCGCGAAAUGCACUUACAACAAUCCGAGCGACCUCAUUGGAGGAUUAAACUUUGAACGAGAGAGCCUGAUUGGAGGAGCCAGUUUAGCUAGACUCUGAUUGGUUGUCGUUUCUGAGCUCGGCCCUGAGUGAUGUUUGUGGUGAAACACAUUCUCUGUUUGACAGGCGUAUCACUGUGAAGGGGUGUGUGUGUGUGUGUGUGUGUGUCUUCGUCUGAUCUCACUCGUAGCGCAGCCCAGCAGGUCUGAAACAGAUAGAGCAAUAUUUUCACCUGGAAAGCCUCACCGCCGCAGUAUCCCGUGUCUCGUGGCCUGGCUCUGUCCGGAUCACCGGUCAGUUAGUUAGUUGUGUCUGGUGAGCGGCAGAAGCAGCAGGGGUCUUUCUGGUUCCCCUCAGCAGCUGUUGUCAAAGCAAAAUGCCAUGCUACAAAAUACUAAUGUACUCAAUAACUGUACGUGGAUGUAUAUUCAUGAAAAAUAAACUGGUAAAACGUGCAA